AUGUCAUCGACUGAACCUUUACCCAUGGCUGAAAGGGAACCCAUGGAUAGUAAUAUACCCCAUAGUUCUUCGACUGACGAUUCAACUUCCUUAUCUACAGAUGAACAUAUCCCUUCCGACAAGACUCGUCUAACUAUGCUUCUAGUAUCGGGGAAACGCAAUGUAUUUGACUUUGAUCCUUCCGCUACUGUUGAUACCGUCAAGUCAUACAUAUUGGAUCAUUGGCCUCAAGAUUGGGCCGAGCAAUUACCUCCUUCCGUCAAAAAUAUUGAAUUUGUAUACCUUGGCAAGUUUUUGGAUAAUCACUCAAAGUUAAAAGAUAAUGGUUUACUUGGUGGACAUGCUACUAUUGUUCAUUUGGUGAUAAGACAAUAUAUAAAGAAAACUGACGAUGAUAGGAAAAGUCUUGAAUCCAUUUCUCGAUGUAAAUGUUGUACCAUUCUGUAG